CCAUUUCAUGCCAUACGCACACAGGAUUUUACCUCGAUUAUGUAUAUCAUCAACCGCUUCUCAAUCCUAGUUAUACUCCUAUCACUCUGCUGGCAGAUUGGAGCAGAUACUUGUGGCACUGCCGACAUCGCCAGCGGCGCAGUCACAGGUUGUGAAUGCGCCCCUAGCUUCAAUGAUUCUGGAUGUAAUCCUUGCACCGACAAAUACUGCAACGACGCAAGCCUCUUCGGAAAUCUCCACACAUGUGAGAUAGGCUGCACCAGCGAUAAUAUCAACUGCAAUGCCUGUUACCUAUAUUUCAACGGUGUCUGUCGUUGUGUCAAAAACACCGCACUGGACUGCAUAAACAAAGGUGGUGAUUGGUGGCUGCUCAACUCGCAUACUCUGAUUUCCACCCAAAAACAGAUACCGGGGGUUUUGCAGCUGCACUCCGACAACAAAGGCUGGGAACUGGGACAAAUGCUACUAGGCUCGACCGGGAUUACGCUACCACCAGGCGGGAACGCGGUGACAAGGAAAACGGGAACGCUUGCCGUCAACUCGGUACAUGCCAGGACCGAGGAACAAAUCCAUAUCCACGUUUGUGACAACCCAAAUAGCCCACUCCGAAGAUAUUUGUCGGGCAUCGAUCCAACGACGUAUACCAGUCUCACGACAUUGCCGACAUCCUUUGCCAACUUUCCUCAAGGAACUGUACACUGUCAGGCAUCAAAGACACCGGGGGAAACUAUGAACGUUGCUGAAAUUACGGCCCAAUAUCUUAACACCGUCACCAAACCAUGUGACAAGUCAUACGUCGGAGCUGGCGUUAUUUUUGACAGUAGAGAUUAUACGUGGGGAUGUCUCACGACGACAGGCCAUAGCGGAGAGGACCUUUUCUGUAAGCUGACAUAGGAGUGAUGGCAUCAUAAAAGUUUUGGCUUAAUUGGAUUGAGGGCAUAAAGUAUAUCCGAUCUAUCUUUUCGAUAGCAAUUGCAGACAAUGAAU